GAGCAGGAGCCAACAUGAGGCACCUCAUAGUGGAAGCUUGCGUUGCAAGAAAUUUAGUUGACACAUCAGCAUAUUUUUGGCCUGGUUAUGUGUCUGCAUCAAUAAUCUCACUGUCAGAUUCAUUGCUAGUUGAAAUAUCCCCAUGGUCAACGUUUAUGGAAGGAGCACCAUUAAAUGCUUCUCUAAUAAAUUCCCCCAUAAAGACUCCUGCUUCAAGUUUAGAGGAGAUAGAGAAAUUAUAUUAUAUAGCUCUGAAUGGGUCAGAGGAAGAGAAGUCAGCAGCGGCAAAGAUUCUAUGUGGUGCAUCUGUCAGCCGUGGAUGGAACAUUCAGGAACAUGUGGUGCACUUUGUGGUCAAGCUUCUUUCUCCUCCAGUUCCUCCUAGUUAUACUGGACCAGGCAGCCACUUAAUUGAUUAUAUGUCCUUGUUAAGUGCUCUUCUUUUUGGAGCUUCUGCUAUUAAUACUGUUCAUAUACUUUCUUUGCAUGGUAUGAGAAUAAGUUGCAACAAAAAAGCCAAAUCAAUCUGCAGAACAGGAAGAAGAAAUCUCAUCACAAGAAAAUCUCUGGUUUCCAGUUCAUCAAAAGUUCUCAUCACAUUCGCAGAUUCACGAAUUCGGGUUGUUGACGGUAUUGAUCUGGUUCACAAGUUUAAAGAAAACUACCAGAAUUCUCUAUGCAACGAGGUGUGCUCUUAUGAACAUGUCAUUUUUCUAAGUGUUGAUAGUUAUACCAUGUAAAUGCAGAUACUUUAGUUACCACUUGAGCUGCAAAAGGGAUAAUAAGAAAUUCCUACAAGUUAGAAGUUGCCAUGUUGAGAACUUAAGAAUGAAUAAUCUAGACAUGUAGACCAAUUGCAAGAUGCUUUUGAUUGUCUCUUUUUCAA